CAUUGCAUCAAGAAAACAUUUAAGAUUCCAAUAUAGAAUAGCAGGCCUUAAGUCGAAGGUGGAAAGCCCAAAUCCUAACUCUACAUUUCCCCAAAAAUGGCUGAUCAGAGUAGUUUGAAGGAUCGUGUGGCCAUCGUGACGGGAGCAUCGCGAGGAAUUGGCAGAGAAAUCGCGCUUCACUUGGGCCGCAAGGGAGCAAAAGUGGUGAUCAAUUACGCUGGAAGUGCAGAGAAAGCAGAGGAGGUGGCCUCAACAAUUAACAAGGGCACUGAUACAGUGAGAGCCGUGACCUGCAAGGCCGAUAUCUCCAAGGCGAUCGAAGUAAGAAAACUCUUUGAUGUGGCGGAGGAAACAUUCGGCGCCGUGCACAUUCUGGUUAACAACGCGGGCAUUGCCGAUACCAAAUUGACGCCCCUGGCGGAAACCCCCGAAGAAUUGUGGGAAUCCAUCUUCAGUGUGAACUGUAAGGGAGCUUUCCUCUGUUCCAGGGAAGCCGCCAACAGAGUGGUAAAAGGCGGCGGGGGCCGCAUAAUAAACCUAACGUCUUCCAUUGUGGCGUCGCUGAAGCCUGGAAAUGCAACAUACGGGGCCAGUAAGGCCGCCGUGGAGACCAUGACCAAAAUUUUGGCCAAGGAAUUGAGAAGCACCAAAAUUACUGCAAAUUGCGUGGCCCCGGGGCCUGUGGCUACAGAUAUGUUCUUAACAGGAAGGAGCGAUGACGACAUUCAACGCGCUGUGGAGGCAGCCCCACUGCAACGACUGGGCGAGGUCACCGACGUGGCGCCCUUCGUUGCGUUUCUGGCCAGCGAUGAGGGAGAGUGGGUUAAUGCGCAGGUUGUUCGGGUCAAUGGUGGCUAUGUAUAAGCCCUAAAGGUAUCUGUUUGCUUGAUAUUGUGGAUUAAAUAAGACUGUAUCUGAAACCCUUGGAGUAACGUCUCUAUUGAGGAUUUCAAAGCUGAUCUGUAGUGAUUACCAAACCCCAGAUAUUUGUGCUUCAGUGUUGUUUAUUUUGUUUGAAAAUUGUAUUUGCGAUUAAUGUGAACUGUCAGAUGUGGUUUCAA